AUGGCUAUUACGACACAUUUUAUUGAUGAUUCAUGGAGGCUUCAAAGCCAUAUUCUUAGAUUUAUUGAUGUUCCUGCUCCACAUGAUAAGGAUACUUUGUGUAGUGUGUUGCUUAAUUGCCUGUUAGAGUGGAAUCUUGAAAGAAGAAUAUCAACAAUUACAGUUGAAAAUUCUAGUACAAACAAUGCUAUGAUGAAAACCUUGUUAGAUGAGAAACUUUGUAAGAGGGAUUUAUUGUUGAUGGGUCGAGUGUUGCAUGUGUGUUGUGCCGCACACAUCUUAAAUUUGAUUGUGCAAGAAGGACUAAAGGUGAUAGAAGAUGGUAUUAGUAAUGUGCGUAACGGUGUCUUAUAUUGGAUAGCAUCUUCAGGCAGAAUUGAAAGGUUCGAAGAAGCUGCACGGUUGCUACAUAUUUCCUGUACUAAAAAGUUGGAGUAUGAUUACCCUACUCGUUGGAACUCAACAUAUCUUAUAGAUUACAAAGAGGUGUUUACGAAGUUGAGUUUAAAUGACACCAAUUAUCGUUGUUUUCCAAUCGAAGGGCAAUGGAGUGCAGCACAUGAAGUUUGUGAAAAGUUGAAGGUGUUUCACUGUAUCACUGAACAAUUCUCAGGGAGUCAAUAUCCAACUUCAACUCAAUACUUUUCAAAAGUUUGUGAUAUUAAGCUAGAACUGGAAGCUUGGGUGAAAAGUUUAAAUCCUUUGAUUAGCUCUAUGACAUCAUCAAUGUUGUUGAAAUUUAAAAAAUAUUGGGAUGAUAUGCAUAUUUUGAUGGGGGUAGCUACUAUCUUUGAUCCGAGAUUCAAGAUGAAGUGGGUUGAGUUCUAUCUUGCACAAAUUUAUGGUGAAGAAACUUUACAUAAAAUUCAAGAAGUUCGAAACCAUUGUUUUGAUCUCUUUCAAGAGUAUACGAGCAGAGUGGUUGCUUCACAUGAGUCAUUUCAAGCAUCUAGUUCUAAUCAUGAAGUUGCUGGUGUUGUUGAGGGUGAUCGACUGUCUAGUUUCGAUAGGUUUGUCGCUUCGAGUAGCACGAAUAUAGCUCGUGACCUCUUAGCCAUUCAUGUCUCUACCGUUGCUUCAGAAUCGGCCUUUAGCACUAGUGGGAGAUUGAUUAGCCCGCAUCGUAGUAGACUUCAUCCUACUACUUUGGAGGCUUUGAUGUGUGCUCGCACUUGGUUAUGGAACGAGAUAAAUGGUUCGUGUUCAAGAAUUGAUAGAGUUUCAUGUCCGAAGAUGCUAGAUGAAGAAGAAGAUCCAGAUGUUUUAGUUGCUUGA